UUCCGUCGUCGAUCACGUGACUCUCCUUUGACGUCGAUUCUGCUGCUUAGCUGUUGUAGCUAGCUGCUUACUACUUUGCAACUCGUCUACGUCCACUUUCCGUCGAAAGCUCAGUUAUGGAGAUAGGGGCAGAAAUAAGCAAGAAAAUAAGAGCUGCUAUUAAAGGAAAGCUUCAAGAGCUCGGUGCAUACAUAGAUGACGAACUUCCGGACUACAUCAUGGUGAUGGUGGCCAACAAGAAAAGCUCCCAGCAGAUGGCGGACGAUCUGUCGCUUUUCCUGGGAAACAACACCAUCAAGUUCACAGCCUGGCUACAUGGCGUCCUGGAGAAGUUACGAACCGUCGCCGUGGAGCCCGCCGCCUCUGGCGAACAGGAGGAGCAGCAGCAGCAACUCGUCGCCGGCGCUCCCCCUGAGAUCAGGACGGACGAUUGCAAGUCCAACUCCCGCUCCGAUCGAUCGGAACCACGCGGCUACGCCCACGAAAGCAGGAGGGGCAGCGUGGAGAAGGGCUCCUCCCGCCUGACGUCGGCCGUCAAGCCGCUCAUGGAGCUCCUCCCGUCCGAGGCGGUCAUCGACAUCAAGCCGGAGAUGGACGACGACUUCGGCGAGGACCCCGCGGAGGUGACCGCCGCCCACAGGGGAGCUCGCGGCGGCGGCGGCGCUCGACCUUCCUUGGAACUCUACAGGCCGGGCCACAGCAAGCUCGGCAACGCGGCGCGCUCUGCCCAAGGAUCGUCGCACGGGAGGCGUCAAGAAAGCAGGAGCGGCCGCAGAACCUCCAGAGGCGACCACAGCAAGCGUGUUGUCUGCCAUCUUCAGGAGUCGUCGUCGUCGUCGCGGAAACGCAAGGCGCCCGCGGUCAGCUCGGUGGUGCGAGUCAACCGCGACUCGGACGAGGAAAGCGACGAGGAGGAGGAGGAGGAGGAAGACGCCGGCUACGGCGGCCGAGGCCCGUCCAGUCGGGUGCUGCUUCCGUCUAAACCGGAGCGCAAGCCGUCCCUCCCGCCGGCCAAGCAGGCCAACAGGAAUCUGAUCCUGAAGGCCAUCUCCGAGGCGCAGGACUCCAUCAACAAGACCACGUCCUUCCCAGCUCUGCCGCUGAGACAGACGGUUCCCGUGGCGCCUCGAGCCCGCCUGGCCAGAGAGGAGGAGAUGACGGCGGCCAUCCAACUGGCGCAGCAGCACCUGCACGGGGGGGGGCAGUCGUACGUGCCCGAAAAGCAGCCCGGCAGAACUCUGGCCGCGGCUAGAUCGGCGGCUUCGCACGCUCCGUCGGAUUCGGCGCAGCGCGACGACCCAGACAAGCCCGACGACGCGAGCGGCGACGCCAAACACUCGGACACGCGCUCCUUCAUCGUGAGUCCGCCGCCGGCGGACGGCAGCGCCAGUCGGCAGCCGGAGCGCAAGCAGAAAGUCCAGUCGGCUUUGCCGCGCACCGUGCAGGCUAGCAAGGAGAAGGAAAACUCCGCCAGCCCCAAGUUCAUCGUGACACUGGAGGGCGUCCCGAGCCCGCUGGGGGACCUGGCCGAGUCCGAAAUGGAGCUGGACGACGUCAGGCCGCCUUCCAAGUCCGCCCGGGCCGCCAAGUCCAAAGUCUGCGUCCUUCAAAGGCCGCACGGGGGCCCGUCAAUGGACACUUCAUUAGAAGACGAGAUGGACGUGGAGAUGUUUGACGGCGACUCGGCGCCUUCAAAGAGGCCGAAAGUGAUGGAGCGCUGCAAAUUCUGGCCGGUGUGCAAGAGCGGAGAUGAGUGUCCCUACCACCACCCCACCAGAACUUGCAAGACCUUCCCCUCGUGCAAAUUUGCUGACAAAUGCCUCUUCAUCCAUCCCAACUGCAAAUAUGACGCCAGGUGCAGCAAGCUCGACUGCCCCUACACCCACGUUAGCCGCAGGGGCGCCACCGUCGCCGCCCCGCCCGCCAGGCCAGUGGUGCCACCAGCGCCAACAGUGAGCAUGUGCCGCUUCUUCCCACAGUGCAAGAAGAUGGACUGCGCUUUUUAUCAUCCCAAGCCGUGUCACUUCGCCGGCCAGUGUAAGCGCGACGGCUGCACCUUCUUCCACCCCAACGCGUCCGUCCCUCCGAGACACGCCCUCAAGUGGACCAAGACGCAGAGCAGCUAAUGAAGUCUCGACUCCACUUUGAGCCAACAACCGAUGUCCCGUCGAGCCGUCAAAUCCAUUCGUUGUUGUCGUUGGUAGUUGCAUUGUUUUUUUCCCAAAAUGCUUUUUUUUUUGUCAAGUUGCCUGGCAGAUUUUUGUAUUGAUCCCAGGCGGGGAACGCCAAUGAACACAACCUCUGCUGUCUUAUGUUAUUUUACUUUGAAGGACAUUGUGGAUGAUGUUCCUGAAUUUAUAAAUGAGUGGGAUAAAGGAGCAUUUUUGUGUAUUUGAACUUCACCCUCUUUAAAAUGCCAUUUUCACAUGCAGGACAGAUACUGCCACCUCGUUUCAUUUUUGGAUGUGCAAGAAUUCAAAGUAGAAAUUUGGAAAUCUCUCCACGGUUUUCAACUUGAAGGACAAGUGAGUCGUUUGUGCCUGCGUUGCCACAUUUGGUGAGAAUCUGAUGGAAAAAAUGGUUGUAUGCGCUGGAGUUUUUUUUUUUUUUUUUCCUCUUCCCCAAAUCAUUAAAAAUGUUGCCUUAAGAA